AUGACUCACCGAGAACCUGUUCAACCAUCAAAAGGUCAAUUGAAGAUAAAAUUAGAUGAACUUUUAACUCCUCUCACUACACCAGAUGCUGCUACCCCGUCAAGUAAGAGUUUAUCAGGUUUCGAAGAUCUCGCGUCACCGACGGAAACUUGCAGCUCCGGGAAUUUGGUGGAUACUACAGGACAUGGGAAGGAGAAGAGGACAUGGGAAAUCAGUUAUGAUCUUUCUCCAGAGAUACAAGGAAGAGGAAUGGGUACCAUAAUGGUUGAUACGGUGAUGAACAGUUGGGUAAGGUUAUUAGGUAUUGAGAGGGUUGUAGGGGUGGUCCAGAUUGAUAAUCCUGCAUCUGCGGCCGUCCUUCGUAAAAAUGGUUUCAAACGUAUUCAAAGCUCCAUAGUUCAAUGGCCUUUGGAGAAAGGGGGUGAUUUUAGAGAAGUGGAGGAAUGGGAAUGGCUGGUCGACCGAAGUCAAGGCCAUUCUUAG